AUGACUUGCAACAUGCGAGAUAAGCACCCUGCAAUGUUUUUCUUUAAGAUUAUCACAACAACAAGUAUUGAAGCUGGAAAGCUGAAGCUUCCAAAUGGUUUUACCAGGGAACAUGGUGGUGAUGUGUCAAACCCAGUGUUUCUCAAGCCUCCAGAUGACAAAGAACGGAAGAUACAUUGGAAUAAACAUGAAGAUGGGAAUUUGGGUGGUUCCCUUGAAUGCCUAAAAAGGAUGGAGUUAACUUCUAAAAUUACUAAAGCUGCAAACAAAGCCAGAACCAUCACAUCUAGAAACCCUCUUUCAAAAAAUAUAUCUUCACUAUAUCUUCUAACUUGUCAUGAAAUCCAGUUAGUUCCACCAGAAUUUGCAAGAAUUCAUUUGAAGAACAAGCAAAGGGAUAUGAUCCUUUAUGUCAUCGAUGGGAGGACCUGGCAUGUUAAAUAUCUUCUUCGAAGAGGGACAAUUAGUGCUGGAUGGAAGAAAUUUGCAUCAGACAAUAACUUGAAAGUUGGGGAUGUUUGUGUUUUUGAAUUGACCAAAAACAACCUCUUUCUUUCAAAGUAUCAAUCUUUCCACCUGGGGGAGAAUCACAUCAACCUCAUUCCCCUCCACCACAAGUCCCCUAUCAUAAUCAUAGAUGCAGAAAAUGAAACUACGUACUAUUACUCGGAGAGGUUAAAUCUCAAACAGCAAUACUGUAGGAAGGCAACUCAGAAAAGAGCUAAUGAAUUCACCCCAGAAAACCCCUAUUUCACAGUCAAAAUAAAGCCAAAUAACUGGAGGGAUUACAGACAGGUAAGGUUUAUUAAGCAACAAAUUAAAGAGGUGCUGAAAGAAGAGAAUGAGAAGGGAUCCUCUCUCAUGUCACAUACUAUUAAUAUUGUCACAUUCAAUUCUGUGUCGAUCUAA